AUGUCUUCAGAGUUGAAUGUGGUGCCAGAGGAGCGUGGGGCCAGUGUAGGCCUGUGUUCCAGCAGUAACUCCAGUCUCCCCACCGUGCCCAGUGAGGGAGCCAGUGGUGUGGGGAAGGUGACCAGCUCGGCUGUCAGUCCUGCAGGACCCAACAGGUGCCCUCUACUUCACGGUGAGGGCUCAAACUGACCGUACACAUUGUUUUUGUGCUUGUCUGUUUAUGGGUCUUGUGUGUUUGUUUCAAGGAGGGCCCAUUGUUUUGAAGAGAUAAAUGACAUUGUCAGCCCAACCGUUUAGAUUACAUCACUUUAGAUUACACGUUUUUAUCUGAAGUGAUCGCUCCUAUUUGAAAGCAUUUUACUGACUAGGAGACAAAGCAAAGCUCUGCCACAAAGAUUGAUUGUCAAAUUGCCCAAGAAAUUAGAAGGAGAAAGAGGCCCACGCAUGAGUCACUUAAAAGGCACGAACCGCGUGGGCGUCUGAUUUUCUCCUUAGGGGUGGAGGACUUAUGGGAAAAGAGAUGAGAUUUGCCAGUCUGGAUUUUGAGGCCUGUGGAGAGUAGAGGGAUGUGUGUGUGCUUGACAGAAAUAUCAGAGUAAACAAUAUAAGUCAAAUAUAAAGUAGUGCUAAGGUUUAAUUGCAGUUCUCAGACAGAGUCAAAUCAGGCUGAAGAUGAUGCCUGCUGAUAAUGUAUUGUGGCUGCUGGGUAGAAAUUGGUGGCAGAAAUGUUUUUCUGUUUAAACCGACAGGCUUUCCUGAAGUCGGAGGUCAGUGCUGAGAACAUCUUAUUUUGGCAGGCAUGUGAGAAGUUCCGACAGAUCCCAACCAAUCAGAAAGAGAAGGUACUUCACAGAUUAAAACGGAUUUGGAGAGUUUCAAGAUGACUCUGUGUGCUAUUCUAAGAGGGGUCUCUGUGAGUCAGGGUCUGACCAUUAUUUCUCUUCUGUCCAGUUGAACCAGGAGGCUCGCUCCUUCUACAACAACGACAUCUCAGGCAGUGCCUCCCAUCCCAUCAACGUAGAUGACACAGUCCGCAUCGAGGAACGGUCUUGUGAGAAACCCUCACCCUGACAUGUAUCACAAUACCCAACAACAGGUCCACCACCGUGGACACAUCAUUAUAAAGUAUAUUCAAAUGUAAUUCCAUUUAGCAGACUUUCUAAAGCAACUUACAGUCAUGCGUGCAUACAAUUUUUACGUACGGGUGACCCUGGGAAUCGAACCCACAAUCCUGGCGUUGCAAGUGCCUUGCUCUGUCAACUGAUUCAUACAGGACAAUAUAAUCUACUGUACCAAGGCUCACUAGAAAAUAAUGAAAUAUUCCUCUAUUCCCUUACGGUAGUAAGGCCAUUUAUUGCUGUGGGAAACACAGUAGGAAAAAUAAGAAAUGCCCAUGAAAACUGAGUUUAGUUACAAAGAUGGUUGUGCUGCCUGACUUGACGAGGCUUCUCCUCUGUCUCUCCCUCACUUUAGAUCUUCAAGCUGAUGAAGUAUGACAGCUACAUUAACUUCGCUCCCAGCUCUACCAGAGUUGCAUGUUGGCCUAUGUGGAGGGCAGGCCUCUACCUGAGCUGGGACCCUGCUCGAAAAGCACAGCAAACAGGAAGACUGCUGGGACUGACAGCGCCUAUCUCAGUGACAGGCACAAGGCUGACCAGAAACCCCAAAAGGUACUGUACAGUACUGUGAAGCUUGGCUAUAAUGUUUGUGCAUAAACCAACUCAUGACUGAUUGUUCUUAGAAACCAAAGGUCAAACCAGGAAAGUCUCUUCCUUUGGAUGUGGACGAGGGAGCAGAGAAGAAGAUUAAAGCUCCACAGAACAAGCUAACCAGAGAGAAACGCCAGGAAUAG